AUGCCACUUUUUGGAAAAUCGAGAGCAAGGCUGAAAAGCGUGCUGAAGCUGAGCAGAGCGCGCAAUGGAGACCCAGUCUUGUCGCAGCGUGCCGAAAACAACCCUACCUCUCGUCUUUUGUCAAAUAAUUCUUCGGCCGAACUUGCCAAACCUCCAAGUUAUGAAAACGGUUCCCACUCUGUCCCCAUUUCAGUACAAAGUCCCGGGGAAGAUCUCUGGACGGAGGCGUACAGGAGAUUGCGGCAAAGAGACAAGCAACUCGUCGAAGAUUUUGAGCACAUUCUACAACUCGAAAGCGGCACGUCUCAUACAACGGACAUUGCUCCCAAACCCAUUCCAACGUUGAUGCAAGAGACUGUUUCUCGAAGAGUAGAUCUGUGGAAUGAGCGACGCUGGCGGUUUAGACUCGGAAAUAAGCAGAUUCACCUGAGGAAGAAGGUCGACGAGGUAAUCAAGAAUGUCUUGAAAACCAAAGACAUUCUCCUGGCUGUGGGCCAAGUAGAUCCUGUUCACAUUGGGUUACCAUUAGCAGGAGUAUGCUUGUUGCUUUCUUUAGCCAGCAGCGAAGUCGAACAACGCACCGCUCUUCUCGAUGGGCUAACAUAUAUCUCAUCUUUGAUUCGCUACUACACUGUAGUUGACAGAGUCUACCUCUGCAAAAUGGGCCGCGACGCCAAAGACACUGAUGUCAAGUGUGCGAUGAUAGAUUUAUUUGCCUUGAUGCUCAAAUUCCAAAUGAGUGCAUUGAGAUAUUUCCAUCAAAAAACACUUUCCCGUCUGCAGAGAAAUAUUCUCCAAACUGACGAUUGGGCGGGUAUGCUCGAAGCAGUCAAAGAGGCUGACAAGACUUGUCGCAGCUAUUUAAACCUCACAGAUUCGGAGAGCAUCAACAAUAUCGGUACAAAAGUUAACGAUAUCGAGGCAAAGAUUGAGGAGCAAUUCAAAGAGCUGAAUGAGAAGAUGCAGGAAUUGAAGGACUUGCCUCAAAACAGUCUGCUGAGGGAGUGUUUCCGCUGCUUCAGUGUUGUGGAUUAUCAAAACAUCAAAGAUGAGGUUCCCCCGCGUGUGCCUGGCACUUGUGAAUGGAUCCUGAACCACCCAAAGUAUCUGAUGUGGCUCAACGCACAAGAAACUAAAUUGCUUUGGAUUACUGCGGAUCCCGGUUGUGGUAAAACAGUAUUGGCAAAGUCUUUAAUUGACGAACACCUCCUGAGUCUUGAUGCGAGUCCAGCUGAUAAUAUUUGCUAUUUUUUCUUCAGGGAUGAGGACCAAAAGACAAAGAACCCAGCAGCUGCCAUUUCCACAUUUUUGCAUCAGUUUUUCACACAGGACCCUUCGCUCCUGGAACGCGCGAUUCCAUUCUUUCAACGACAUGGUGAUAAGCUUUGUGAAAGAUUGAGCGAACUGUGGAAAUUGUUUCUGGAAGUUACCACCUGUCCCGAAGCUGGCAGGACAAUCUGUGUCAUCGAUGCGCUGGACGAAUGCUCCGAAGAUAUGCAAGACUCGAUGAUUCGACUACUUCGCGGCGUGUGUUCUCAACCCGAAGACUAUCCUAAAUUAAAAUUCCUCGUUACCAGUCAACCCCGAAUUUCUAUGACGGAGAGUCUGUUUGGAAUCAAACUAGGUACAGAAAUACGAUUGAUGGGCGAAAACGCAGAAGAGAAGGAACACAUUUACCUUGAAAUCAAAACUUUCAUUCAAGCAAAAAUUGAUUCCUUCCGGCAGCUUAGAAAGCAACUGGGAAUUGAUGACAAUGCCCAUGAAAGCAUUCGUCAUAAAUUGAAUGAAGUCGAAAACCGGACUUACCUCUGGGUGUCACUCACUUUUUCUGAACUAGAAAAGAACCCGGGAAUUGCAGCAGAGAGGUUGCAGCGGAAACUCGAUGAGCUGCCACCAACUGUGGAGGCUGCCUAUGAGAGGAUUCUGGCAAGAAGUAAAGAUGGCGACAAGACCAGAAAAAUCCUUCAGAUAAUCGUGAUGGCUGCUCGACCGCUCACAAUCACAGAGAUCAACGUGGCUCUGGCGGUGAGCGAGAUGACUGGCUCACAAGGUCUUGUUCUCGAACCAGAAACAACAUUUCCGGCUACUCUGCAAGCAAGCUGUGGAUCCUUCCUGGAUAUCAAAAACUCUCGGGUGCACCUCAUCCAUCAAUCAGCGAAAAAAUUCCUGUUGAAUUGCGGGAUUGGAACUAUGAGUUUGAAGGGUUGGAAGCAUUCGUUAAACGAGGAUGAUUCGAAUUACGUCCUUGCCGAUAUUUGCACAUCAUACCUUUUGUUACCCGAGUUUGAAAAAGACAUUGUCGUGGAUCUCGAAAGAUUCGUGCUGCCAGAUGCUACGAAGCAUUCUUUCCUCGCGUAUGCCGCCGCAUACUGGCCCAGCCAUCUUGCGAAAUCGGGUGCAAAAGCAACUAGAAGCCUGCUUCAAAAGGCCAUUAGGCUAAUCAAAGCUGGUUCCAACGAAUGUGUGAACUGGCUAGUGUUAUAUUUACGUGAGCAUAUGGUGGAUCUUACUUUGCGGGAUUUUAGGUUCGACUUGGAAGUGGCCGCUCUCACUGGUUGUGAAGUUCUUCUCGAACAGAUGUUUAACGAAACGAUCAACUCGUUGCGCAUACUUGAGGCGGUUCGGCCAGCUGAGUACACUCGUAACUACAGCGUCCUCGAAUUGCUGCUGAGAAAGGGCGCAGAUCCUCAUUGCAAAACUUCUAGAGGGGACAGUUACUUGGGUUGUGCCAUCUUCUAUGGAGAUGUGUCUUUGGUCAAAAUACUCUUGGACAAGGGAGCUGAUCCCAAUGAGAACAUUUUUGGACAACCUGCUCUCGCACACGCUGCUGCCUGUGGCUAUCCUGAGAUUGUUGAAAUGCUUUUGGACAAUGGAGCUUGUCUAGAAGGACGGGAUAAACAUGAUUGUCGAACAGCUUUAUCCUUUGCUGCUGCUGCCUCACCCGCUAGGUUGCAUGAAUAUCCAUACGCAUCAAGGCGUGACUACUUACGGGUUGUCGAGAUUCUACUCCAUAAAGGAGCAGACCCCCUGUCUGUAGAUAAUUCUGAUCGCACCCCACUAUAUUAUGCAAUAAGAAGCGGGAAGAGCGACUUGAUAAGAUUGAUGCUGGACAGCGGUGUUCACCCAGAUUCUAUGAUUAGCCGCGAUGGCGGUUGUCUCCACGUUGCGGCGAUGUCAGCGACAGCAGAAGUUAUUGACUUGCUUCUCUCUCGAGGCGCAUCUCUUGAUUCAAAGAACUAUUUCCAGAGAACCCCGCUUUUAUGCGCAGCAGCUCACGAAAAUUACCCAGCGGUGAAGAGACUACUAGAGCAUGGAGCAUUUCCAGACUCGGUAGACAGUUUUGGCUCAACACCUCUUGCGCAUGCAGCGAAGAAUGGACAGAUCGAGAUUCUCAAAGAACUUCUGGCGGCCAAAGCAAAUCCAGAUACGGCUAAUUAUAGCGGGAUGACCCCUCUUUUCACGGCUGUAUUCUUUGGAAAAACCCGCGCAGUGGAGAUACUGCUUGAGAAAGUGACUAACCUUUGUCCUGUUGACUCGUUUGGUGAUACACCGCUUUCCUGGGCGCAGCGAUCUGGAAAGACGGAAAUUGUCGAGAUGCUAUCAGCUGCCUACAAUAAAUCUUUGGCUACAAACAAGACCGAAGCAGAAUUGGUCGCUAAUUGA